AUGGUCAUAGGAAAAUCGCUGUCACAGGCCUGGGGGGGAGUUGGAAAGACCCAGGUGGUUCUGGAACUAGCCUACCGCAUCCGACAAAAGGAUGAAGGGUGCUCAGUCUUCUGGAUUCCCUGUACCAGCCCGGCGGUGAUUGAGCAGACAUUUUUAGAAAUAGGACAGACCAUUGGGCUUGAGGACCUCGACCCAGCACAAGUUAAAGAACAGCUCAAAACCCACUUUAGCUCCGAUCGUGCUGGGAGGUGGCUGUUGAUUUUUGACAACGCAGAUGAUCCAGACAUAUGGCUGUCUCCCAAUGAAGUGGGCCUCAGACUUCGAGACUAUCUUCCACAGAAUGAACAAGGUCGCGUUUUAUUCACAACCCGAAAUCGAAAGCUCGGGGUUGAUCUAUCGGAGAGGAACAUUUUUCCUGUGCCCGAUGUGGACAAAGAAACAGCACUAUCAAUGUUACAGGAAUUGGCUAUGCAAAUACCCUUCCUUGAGCAGCUCGCUUUCCUCCCAUUGGCCAUAGCCCAGGCUUCGGCAUACAUAGCCAAAAACGGUCUAGAUCUGUCUGAAUAUUUGGAGCUUCUACAAGAGCAAGAGUCGGAAAUGGUUGAACUGUUGAGUGAAGACUUCACAGAUCAGGGGCGGUAUAAAGAAAUCCAGAACUCAGUCGCCACGACGUGGUUGAUAUCAUUUAAACGCAUUCAGCAUGAAAAUCAGCUAGCGGCCGACACCCUUUUCUUCAUGGCAUGCUGCAACCCACGAAACAUUCCCACUUCCCUACUUCCCCUGCCAACGUCCAAGAAACGCCGAAGGGAUACACUUGGGGUUCUAGAUGCAUAUUCGUUUACAAACCGGCAGGAUAAGGAUAUCAACUUACACAGACUUGUGCACCUGGCUACCCGCAGUUUCCUCAGAAAGAACGGCCUAUUUUUUGAUUGCGUUCUUCGAGCGGCAGAUCAUAUUAAUAAUAUUUUUCCGAAUCAUGAUCAUACAAAUCGAAAACAAUGGCGGGAAUACCUCCCCCCCAUGCUUUGUUGCUUUCUGAGUGAGAAGGACUUCAUGGAUAAGCGGAACAACUAUAUCAGUUCUAUGGAUAGAGCUGCGAACUGUCUUCAAAGUGAUGGAAGAUGGUAUGAAGCAGAAAUGCUGUACAUGGAUGUAUUAAAAAUGGAAGAGGAAAGGUCCGGUCCUGAACAUCCCGAUACUCUGAGCAGCAUGGCGAAUCUAGCGAAAAAACUACUGGAGCCAGGGUCGAUGGGAUGA